GAGGAACACGGGUCGGUGCAGACUGUGCAGUCCCCGUCGUUAAACAGUAUUCCAGAGACUGAAGUGGAAGAGCACCUACUUGUUAUGGAGACAACUUCUUUGGGCUAUGCCACUGAUGGGAAACUAGAGACCUGCUGUGCCGUUUGUUUGAAAUCCCCAUGCGCAAUGAAUUACGGCGUCCUUACUUGCGAUUCGUGCAGAAAAUUUUUCAGGACAAACUGCAACAGGCUGAAAUUGAAAUGCAAAGGAAGAAAAGGCGACUGUGUGGUGCAAAAUGUUUACCAGCCAUGCAGUUCGUGUCGUAUGAAGAAGUGUCGGGCACUUGGUAUGGACCUUUUGGCUAAACGAAAUGUACACCAACAACUGGACCGAGCUACCCUUGAAUCGAGGCUCAUCAGUUUGCGGAAUCAUCGAACUCCCAAUGUUUAUGUACUGAAGGCUGUCAAGGCUGUUGUUCGCAAGUGCGAAAGUGCGGACGACGUGAACAAACUGCUUCACGCAGUGGAAAACGGAGAAGUGGAGGAGACAGAAUGUGUGCGGUUUCCACACAAGUCCAUUAAGAUCGACAAACAUGAACAUCUUAGUCAUGUGCUUGUGGCUAAAGCGUUUCGCUGGAACCGAGUCAGUGAAGAUAAAGUCGUUUCUUCGCACAGCUGCAAAGUUGAUCCCGGAUAUGUGUGCAUUAAUCCGUACCAUUACCGCAACAAGAAGCAAGGACCAGCUGGAACUGUUUGCGUUGUUACUAACUGCAACUUUUCUACAGUAAUAAAUCCCACUGUUGGAUUUUUUCGACUGCCGGACAGAGAACAAAGCAGAGAGCGGUAUCUGAAAUUUUUCUCCGCAUGUGCCCGACAAGAUCUGGACAAAUCGGGUUUCAGGAAGCAUCACCGAAUUUGCGGAAGGCACUUUUUGGAAUCCGACUUUAAUAUUACUGGCGAAAAGCGAAUGCUAAACGAAUCUGCGCUUCCGACUCUCUACAUGCCUAAGCCAAUUAAUAAUAUUUCGCGCCGUCGGGAUAUUGUUCGGCUUACCCAAGAGGAAUCAAAAGAGCACGAGAAAAAGCGUUUUUGGAAAUCUUUGUUGUCUUAUAAGUACCAGUGCGUGAUCGGCAGACCGGAGUGGAGGCGACUGCUUUGGAGUGAUUCGGUUGUAGCUUUUGGACGCAUGCGCAUUUUGUCCACAGAAACCCUCGAAGUUGCGGCGGACACCUUGAUUAUUCGCGCAAAUUUUACUGCACAGCUGAAAGUCGGAUUGCACUUUGUGUCUAAGGAAGUAUUGGAUCGCUUAGUAGGAACGGAUGUAAUCGCUUGCACCCGCAGCUUGCAGACUGUAUGUGAUUUGGAUCCAGCACUUUUUGCGCUGCAAGGCCUGCAAAACCAGAUUGAUGCUCAGUGCCAACACGCGAUUACCUGCUGUAAGCAAGUCAUUCAAACUCUUGAAAUGGAGCAAGAUGCCGAGCAUGUGGAUACCGAUAAUGCGUUUAUAGAGGAAGAAAUAGAGGAAGACUGUCAACGCCAGCAAAAAUUGUUAUGUAUUUUCCGAUUUGCUACGGAGUUACUUGAACAUUCCCUUGUGAAAAGCCGACACGCGUUGCGACAUUCUGAUAACCUGCUUCGUAUCUGCGGAGUAUUUCGAAGUAUAUCUACAGCCGCCUAUGUGUAUUUUCGAAAUUUUUUGUUUGGAAUUUUACCUCACGUCAGUUAUUUACGUGACUGUUCGGCUGGUAAUGCUUUAAGCGACGGAAUCCAGGAGGAUAAUCUCAGAAAGUUACAAGCUAUAGCUGAAUCUCUGGAUGACAAACACUUGGAUGUUGAAAUUAUCAGUGAUCAAACCUUCACUGACGAAAAGCUGGAAUAUCGGGGAGGAGAAAUUAUUGGUGUAGCCACAAAUCAAGAUGAAAUCGUUGCAGCCAAGCAUGUACUGCUGAUAAUUUUACAAAGCUUCACUGGUAAAGUUCGGAAAAUUGUAGCGUUUUAUUUUGUGAAAAAUCUGAAGGGAGCGGAAAUGGCAGAUAUUUUGGAAAGAAUUCUUGUUGAAAUUGCCUUAAGAACAAAGUUUCGGGCUCUGGUUUGGUCUGCAGAUAAUGGAGCUGAAAAUAUGGGAUGCCACUCACACUUUAUUACUGAUAAAAGCCAGUUUCCUUGGAAAUUCCCACACCCUUGUGUAAAAGGCGCGUAUGUUUACGUGUUAUUGGACAUAAUUCAUUUGCUAAAAAGGAUCUGGACAAAUUGUAUCCGAGAAAAUAAUUCAUUCGUCAUUGAAGUUGGAUGUCAUAGAGUGGAUUUAACGUUGCUGCUUCAGAUCUAUGAAAUUGAACGCGGAUGUGUGGUAAAAAACGCUCCUGAUUUGACAGCAAAAUUGUUUUAUCCAAAUGGAUUUGAAAAAAUGGACGUUUCGAACGCAGAAAAAAUUUUCUGUUCGGACCGCACCUUAGGAACCCUGAGGAUGUUAAUAGUAGAUCAAGAUCAUGCACUCUUUAAGGCAUUAGCAGAAAUCCGUAAAGAAUCGGCGGAGCAGUGUGUAAAUGGCCUGAAAGUGUUAGCGUGGUUUAUUGAAACUGUAAGAAAAAUUGUCAUGCCGCUUACCGUUCUAAGCCCGAGACAAGCGGCGCACCUGAAGCAGCCUUUGUACGAAGCGCUCACUCUGGAGAAUAUUGACAAAAUAUUUAGCGAGAUGAAGCAAGCUUUGUCAGAGUUGCAGCCGUCUUCUAACUGGAGAAAAUCUUUGCCAAAACCUACAUGGACUGGCCUGCACGUUACGGUAUACGGGUCCGAAGAAGUGGCCAGGCGACUUUUAAAUUCAGGCUUCCAGUUUGUUCUGCCCGGUAAAAUGACCAGUGACCCAAUAGAGAGGCUGUUUUCGACAUUUAAAUACGGCUCCGGAAAGGUGACAGUUGGGAAAGUCAAAGAAGAAGUUAAAAGGAUGGAAACACUGCAGCACCUUACGGGCACUACUAAUGUUAGUCGAAUGGGGCGCCAAAAGCGGAAAAAUAAUGGAGUGAAUUUUUCAACUUCCCCGCUGAAGAAAAAACGUAGACUGGACCAGCCACUACUCGCCGUCCGAUAUUUUUGGGGAACUGCAGAAUUUAAAUGCCGAGCUGUGGACUUCAGUUCAACUUGUCACACUAACCUUUGAAAAUCCGGUCACACUAAGCAGUUCCAAGAAAGACCUUGUCACUACUGGGUUGACUGAUCUGGGAGGUUACAUCGUUUCAAAAAUUCAGAAAGGAAAAUUUUCCUGCACCUCUUGCAAGGCCGGUAUUGGCAACAUGUUUGGAGUGAUUUUUUCGGAGAGUGGCGGAUUAGUC